AUGCUCCCUGCAAAGGCGCCCCUGCCCCACCUGGGUCCCUCAGCGCUGCUUCUGCUGCAGCUGCUGCUGUCCCCGACAGCUGCCUUCUUCCCCAACAUCUGGAGCCUCCUGGCUGCGCCAGGCUCAGUCACUCAUCAGGACCUGACGGAGGAGGCUGUGCUCAACAUCACCCUGCAGCUCUUCUUGGAGCAGCCGCCCCCAGGCCGGCCUCCCCUUCGACUGCAAGACUUCCUGGGCCGGACACUCCUCGCCGAUGAUCUUUUUGCUGCCUACUUUGGCCCUGGGACUCCUUCCCGGCGGUUCCGAGCAGCCACAGGUGAGGUGUCCCGUGCCAAUGCAGCCCAGGACUUCCUGCCAACCGCCAGGAAUAACCCUGACCUGCACUUUGAUGCUGAGAGGCUGAGCCAGGGCCGCACUCACCUCGUGGGAGCUCUGCGGGAGACCCUGGUGGCCACCAAAGCCCUGGACUACACCCUGGCUCGCCAGCGCCUUGGAGCCGCCCUGCAUGCCCUGCAGGACUUCUACAGUCACAGCAACUGGGUGGAACUGGGGGAGCAGCAGCCACACCCACACCUCCUCUGGCCCAGGCCGCAGCUCCAGAGCCUGGCACAAGUGGGAGAACCCACCUGCUCUGACUGUGAGGAGCUGAGCUGUCCCGGGAACUUGCUGCACAUCGCACACCUCACCUCUGGCUACUUUGGAAUGAAUCCCCCCAAACCUCCAGGGAAAUGUAGCCACGGGGGCCAUUUUGACCAGAGCAGCUCCCAGCACCCCCGGGGAGGCAUCAACAAGGACAGCACAUCACCCGGCUUCUCGCCACACCACAUGCUGCACCCGCAGGCGGCCCAGCUGGCCCUGUUGGCCUCCAUCCAGGCCCUCGGCCUCCUGCGGAGCCGCCUGGGAGACAAGGCUUUCUCCAGGCUGCUGGACAUCAGCCCUGCCUCUGGCCUGAGCUUCGUGCUGGACACCACGGGCAGCAUGGGAGAGGAGAUUACCGCUGCCAAGAUCCAGGCCCGUCGCAUAGCGGAUCAGCGGCAAGGAAGCCUGCUGGAGCCCAGCCACUAUGUCCUGGUGCCUUUCCAUGACCCAGGGUUUGGUCCGGUCUUUACCACCAGUGAUCCUGACCGUUUCUGGCAACAACUCAAUGAGAUCCACGCCUUGGGGGGUGGAGACGAGCCCGAGAUGUGCCUGUCGGCACUGGAGCUGGCCCUGCUGCACACGCCUCCUCUCUCAGACAUCUUUGUGUUCACUGACGCCUCCCCCAAGGAUGCCUUUCUCACCAACCGGGUGGAGUCCUUGGCCCAAGAGCGGCGUUGCAGGGUGACGUUCCUGGUGACUGAAGAUCCCACGAGGGUUCAGGGCCGAGUGCGCCGUGAGGCCUUAUCCCCGCUGCGUUUUGAGCCCUAUGAGGCAGUGGCCUUGGCCUCAGGAGGGGAGGUGAUCUUCACCAAAGACCAGCACAUUCAGAAUGUGGCGGCCAUUGUUGAGGAGAGCACAGCGGGCCUGGUCACUCUGCCUUUGGAACCUCCCAUCGUGGUACCCGGGAGGCCGCUUGUGUUCACUGUGGACAGGCUGCUCCAGAAGGUCACGAUCAGGAUCCAUGGCGAGGUCAGCAGCUUCCAGGUCAAGAGUCCUGAAGGGGUCUUCCAGAGCCAGGAGGAAGGCGUGGGCCCUCUAGGCCACACCCGCCAUUUUGGGCAGUUCUGGAUGGUGACUGUGAAUGACCCGCCACAGACGGGCACCUGGGAAAUCCACAUCACAGCUGAGGGGACCGCCAGGGUUAGAGUGCAAGCCCAGACCUCCCUGGACUUCCUCUUCCACUUUGGGAUCCCCAUGAAGGACGGGCCCCAUCCUGGCCUCUACCCCCUGAGCCAGCCAGUUGCAGGUCUCCAGACUCAGCUGCUGGUAGAAGUGACAGGAAUGGGCUCCAGGGACAGUACUGGGGAAGCUCGGCCACAUUUCUCCCAUGUGAUCCUCCGAGGGGUCCCCGAGGGCACCGAGCUGGGCAGGCUGCUCUUGGAGCCUGUGGGACCCACAGAACGAGGGCUCCUGGUGGCCACGCUGCCACCCACGCUGGUUUCUAACACUGGAACCUUCUCCCUUGAACUGAUCGGCCAGGAUGGAGGGGGCCAGGGCCUCCACAGAGUUGCGCCCCAGCUUUGCACUGUGGUGCCAGUCCUUCUGGAGCUCAGCGGUCCCCCGGGGUUGUUGGCUCCGGGUAGCAGGGUGCCACUCAGCCUCCGCAUCACCAGCUUCUCCGGCCCUCAGGAUCUUGACCUUAAGGCAUCUGUCCACCCCAGCUUCCCCCUCACCUCCAAUCUCUCCAGGGCUCACCUGGGAGUGAAUGAGUCUGCGUGGGGACACCUGUGGCUGGAGAUCCCAGACUCGGCAUCCCCGGACUCCGUGGUGAUGGUAACUGUGACUGCAGUGGGUGGAGAUGUCGGCCCAGUGUCCCCAACCCACGCCUUCCUCAGGCUCCUGGUGUUGUCCCGGGCCCCACAGGAUCAGCUCGCGGUCUCUGCCCAUCCAGUGGACCCUGUCCUCCCCAUGGCCACCCCCAUCUUUCACCCCUCCACUUGGGUGACUCAGAGCAGUGCUGGAGGAGGGAUGGCAGUCAACCCUUGGUGGCACACAACUGGAGGAGUGCUGCUGCUGCUAGGAAUUGUGUCCUGGUGACACAGCAGCCCUUAGAUGGGGCCCCAGCACUGAUUUCAAUCUGCACCACUGGUAAAGUCCCAAAGGCCUUGCUGGAAUCUUACAUCUCAGCCAGGAAGGAGGCCUUCCUCCUCAUGCAUAUGUCCCUUUUCUUUCUUAAAAAAUACAAGAUUGGCAUCGGGGACAAUGGAUUUUCUCUCAAUGCAUUUCCCCUAACCUUCACAGGAACCAAACCAAAGACAUUUUGGGGGAAGGUGGCCGUUUCUUUAUAUCAUCUUUAUUCCCUCCAUUUUUAUGCUCUCCCAGGCAUAGGAAGGGAGGCAUUUAUGUGGAGAAGACCUGGACUAGCAGUAAGGUAGGAGAGUGCUCCAAGUGUGAUAGAACUGUUUUUAUUUUAAAUUUGAGAGUAGCUUCUAUUUUAUUUUUGUGUUUAAAAUUGAAGGACAGUUUCAAUCAACAUGUCUUCUCCAAUAAGGGAUUUCAAAGAAAGAUAAUUUAUGCCCAUGAUAUUGGGGGAGGGGGAGGACAUGAGGCAGCGCGAAGAAGAAAUGGAAAUCUUCCAGAGCAGAGAGGACACUUAAC